AUCCCCAAGGGGAAAGGCCAAGUGCUACUAAAAUUCCCUCAGAUUUACUAAACUACUAACUCCCAAGGAGCGUCCAAUCCUCUUAACUCAGUCCCAAGGAGACACAUUCCAAAGAUGGGGAUAUCGUACUCUAUGGCAGCCCAAAAGGCAAUGAGCGAGAGAGAAAAGCAGGACUUUGCUCUAAGGCAGGGAGGAACGGCAAUGAGCAAAUCAGGGCAGACGACAUCUCAGUCAGACACGGUGUCAAGAGCAGGUGAAGCCAAGUCGCGAUCCUUGGGGCAAAAAGCGAUGGAUUUCCUGCUGGAGAAAACGCAAAUCAAAGCAGAGAUUAAGAUUACGAAGGAGGUAAUCAAGGGAGAAGGGGGGAAGGAGGAGGAAGUGAAAGUUUGGGAAUACCCAGAAGAGGACAUUCAGUCGUUGAAUGAUCUAUACGAGAAGCACGCGGUCCUUUUUAACUUCUCGGGGAGAAGCAAAGAGCUUUCAUUGAACGAGAAGAGAAGGUGGGUGAUGGAUAGAUUGAUAGCCAUGGAGGAAGUACCAGGAAAGGAACCAGAGGUUUCGUACCACAGGAGGGGAAGGUUCGCAGUGAUGAUUGUCUGUGUGGAUCCUACCUAUGCCCAGUACCUGCUGUCGAUCGGUUCAUUGAAAUGCAAGGGAGCUGUAGUCACAAUCCAACCUUGGAAGUCGCCAAGACCACCUCAGGCUGAGGCAUCAAGGCACAGGCAAUCAAUGCUGAGGAAUCAUUUCUGGGUACAGUUCGACAACCUAUCGGAAGGAAUGCAUAGCUUUGUUCAAAGGAGACUGGAGGAGGAAUUCCCAAGCAACCCGAUCAUAGAAUGGYUGCCGGCCAAUCCGGAUUUCCUGGCACCUAACCAUGAUGCAAGGGUGGCAUGUUUGGAGGUCAAGUCAGGGGCACCGCCAAAGCUCCCAGACCAAUGGAWCUUCAAGAAAAGUGGUMAGAGAAUCACAGUCUUCRUCUCCACCAAGACUAACCCAUUUUGCUUCAAAUGCAGGGGUAGAGGUCACCUAGGUACCUCUUGUCCACAAGGGGGACCAGGAGGAGCAGGGGGAAAACGGGUGACAUUGAGGCAAUCUAUGCUGCAGGAGUGCGAGAGCAARCCARGUGUYUGGUAUAUUAAUUCAUCUCAAUACAGGGGAUGGAUUUUUGACGACAACUUGGAAAAUCCAAGAUGGGUGUGGGUCUUGAAAAGGGAACCAACGGUCAAACCAGACAUUUAUCCGCCCUAUGAUAGUAGGUGGAGACACACCGGAGCCAAGAGAAUGGAGGACAAGGAAACGGGGUACAUCAUCAAACCCAUUUUGGACGACGAGGUCAUGCAGGAUGUCGAGCAAAGACUGAAGCUGAUGGGGGAAUUGCACGAGGGGCAAGUAAGAGGCAAUGAGGAGGAGUCAAAGGAUAUGGAUGAGGGUAGAGGAGACAACAUGGAGUGUGAGGAAGGAGGGAGGAGUGGAGCAGAAGGAGGGAGGAGUGGAGCAGAAGGAGGAAGCACCUCUACAAAGAGAAAGGGAGAGUCAAGUGGAGAGGAUGUGUCUAGUACUCAAGAAGAGGGGACGCAACAGGGGAAAAGGAGACAAAAGACCCAAUCGGGGGAAGGUGCUACUACAGGAGAGAAAGAGAAGGAGGGCGGAACCAGCAAGGAAUCUUCAGGGAGUUCGGGGAAGGAGAGUGAGACGGACACAGGCUCACAAGGAGCGGUAUCAAAGGGAAGUAGGGCAAGGGAUGAAGAGACAGGCAAGACAGGAGAGAGAGAUGCAGUCAUGAUGGGGUCAUCACAGCAUGAAGAAGGCGGAAGCGGAUCCCAGGGGUCCCAGGGACAGGAAACACUGGAAGAUGAAGAUAGAGUAAGAGAAAGGGCGAGAAGGAGAGGCAUGCUCAAUGUCGAAAACAUGACAGUGGAACAGAUCUUGCAGGCGGAGGAGGACCAGAGGGAGAGCUCAGGAGACACAGAGAGCGAAGCCUCAUCAGAGGAAGAGGAAGAAGAGGAGGAGGAACAACAGGACGAGUUGGAUGAGAAAGACUGGUCAAGAGAGCAGUGGAUAAAGGAGGUAGAACAGUUGGAAUGGGGGAGAACGAUUGAGUGCGAAAUUAGACUGGCCCACCAUAAACACCUGAGGAACCUCCAACAAGUCACACAAGCAGGGGAGGACAUCACUUCAGAAAACAAGUUUGAACUGCUAAGGAGGGAAGGAGAAAUCAACGAGUUUUACGCUUCUCAGUACGCAAGUAAGACCUGCACAGUGAAGAAUGAGAUCCACGAACAGCAGGAGGAAUAUGGGAGGACAUUCCAAUGGCCAAAGACCUACCACAGUAAGGAAAGGAAGAGGGAUGGUAAGAAACGGAAAGUACAAACGGUGGAGGAGCAAAGCAGUGCAGUUGGUUCGGGGAAUGACUCAAUGGAGGAUACAACAAUGGAUGACGAUCGGGUGAAGGGAGAGAGUGAAGAGGAAGAGGUGCAGGAUUUGAGGAGGCAAGCAACGAUUUUGGUGGCACAGGUAAUCCUACUCAAGGAUGAAAACAGGGAAUUGGAAGAGGACACAGUGAACGUGGUGGAAACCAUUCCCUAUGGGCUACUGGGAGGAGAAGUAGGGGCGGAAUGGGUGGCUAGAUGCGCAGCGAUGACAGUGAAGAUGGAGGCAUUGGGUUGGAAGCCGAACUUCUUCGAGAGGAGGGAAACACAUCUUCAGGAAUCGGAAAAACACCAGAAAACGAAGCACAAGAUUGAGAGGAAACUGCAAGGAGUUAAGGCAGCAUGGUGGGCCCCGGCGACAAGUAACCAUUCCACGGGGGUGGUUAUACUACAAAGCAAAAGGGCUACGGCGGCAGACAGGAUUCGCAUCACAGAAGCAAGGGUGGACGAGGAGGAGGGUAGAUGGGUCAAGGUCGACUUUGAGCUGCAUGAGGAACGCUACACGCUACUCUCGGUUUACUGUCCGAAUAACUCUCAACAAAGAGAGGAUUUGGUCGAAAGGCUUAAGGAGAUCCUAGAUGGGAACAGGCAUCUGAUUCUAGUAGGAGACUGGAACGCCACCUUAGAUCCCAACUUGGACAGAUUAUCGGGAGGGAUUAGAUCAGAGGAGGAAGGGUGGACAGAAGAAUCGCUACCGAUUCAUAGGCUAACGACGAAUUUAGAACUGAUAGAUCCCUAUAGGUUGUAUUACCCGGACGAAAGACAAUUCACCUAUCGCAAGAGGAACCGCAGCCAACAUGUGUCGGCCUCCCGGAUAGACUAUUUCUUGACGUCGUCAGGAGUAAUAGGCAUGUUGCAAUCAGAGACGAAUUAUACGAAAGAGUACUGGAGACGGCAAGAGGAGAGAUGGUAGACUGGCAACGGUGGAGAAUGAAAGGCCUACAAAUGA